GUCCUCUCUCCCCCCCACUUUCCCCCUCCCCCCACGGAGAGGAGAGGGAUCCUUCCCCGCCCCACCUCCCGGCCCCGGCCCCGGCCGCCACCCUCCCUUUUCUUUCCGAGCUCGAAUCAAGUCCCCUCGCCCUGCCGCCGCUGCCGCCGCGGCCUAGCCCUUGACUCUUCUCCACGACGCUCCCCCGCUGUCUUUUGACCGCUCCAAACUUGCUUUCUUGCUUCUCUUCCCCCUUGAUCGCGGCUAGCCAUGGGGUUAUGAGUGACACAGCGCUUGCUUUGGAUUCAGCUGUUCGUCCGUCCGGCAGCGGCACGGCACCCGCUGCCGCAUCAUAACCGCCGGCCUGCCCUUUCUGCUCCAUCUGGGAAGUUAGCUCCUCCCGAAAUUCCCUUCUUUCGUCACCCCUGGAAAAAGGGAAGGAAAAGGCGCCAUCUUUUCCGAUCCCAGCUUCAGGGACACACCAUCCUCCCCUGAUCGCUCACGCGGCAGGCCUCCAGCUUCAGAGAUUGAGCCAAGCUCUUCUUCUUCCCGAGCAGAAUUCAGGCUCUGGUGCACCGGUUUUGAGCAGAUCCCCGUGCCGGAGAGGGAUCUUCUCGCCGACAGACUGACAGAGUCAGACGGUCUCGGUCCAACUGCUCUCCUGCCUCUGCUUAAGCUCGGUCCCCAGUUUUGGGGCUCCGGCUGCUCUGCUGCGGCCUCGAUGGACGGCCUCCCCGACGCGGCGCCGCCCGCGCCGGCGCCGCAGCAGCAGCCGAAGCGCGACGAGUGGAGCGAGAGCGGCAUCUCGCGCCUGCUCGAGGCCUACGAGGCCAAGUGGCUGCUCCGCAACCGGGCCAAGCUCAAGUGGAGCGACUGGGUCGACAUCGCCCACGACGUCUCCGCCCACUGCUCCUCCUCCGACCACGCCUCCAAGCCCGGCGCCGCUGCCGGGGGCACCGCCAAGACCCCCAACCAGUGCAAGAACAAGGUCGAGUCCAUGAAGAAGCGCUACCGGGCCGAGUCGGCCGCCGCCACGCGCGCCGGAGUAGCCGGGGCAGCCAGCGCCUCCGGUGGCCCGUCGUGGCGCUUCUUCGGCCGCAUGGACGGGCUGCUCAAGGGGCCGGCCGCCGGCUGCUCUGGCCAGCCGCAGGCGCAACCGGAGCCGAGUAACGAUGGCAUCGUCCAGCCGCGAGCACCGCUGAAAGCAGAGCCGGCGGCCGACGCCGAAGCAGACACCGCCCUCCAGCAGCCGCCGGACACCGCAGGGCCGCCCGGGGCGCUCUCCGAGCUACUCAACGCAGACGCCAACGGCUCCGCGACCGUGAAGGCCGAGAAGACCGUCGAUCAGGCCACGCACAAGGAGACCAGCAGGGCGGCGGACAGCGACGCCGCAAAUGUGAGCUCUCCGCGGAGCAAGGAGGUGGAGGCGGAGGCGAACGACGACGGCGCCGAGGAGGCCUGGGACGCGCCGGGGAGGAAGCGGAAGGGCCCUGAGCUGGACGUCGCGAGGAGCAUCGAGCUGCUGGCGAGCUCGUUCGUGAAGAUCGAGCGGGCCAGGCUGGAGGUGUACCGGGACACGGAGCGGAUGAGGGCCGAGGCCGAGGUGAAGAGGGGCGAGAUGGAGCUGAGGAGGACGGAGAUCAUGGCCAAGACGCAGCUGCAGAUCGCCAGGCUCUUCGCCAAGCGGCUCAAGGAGUGCGUCGGCGGUAAUGGCGGCAGCUCGUCUCAAGUGGACACGCUUGCCAAGAAAGGCGAAAAUGGUUCAGGGUGACUGGCCAAUCGAAACACCUGUGAAUUGUGAUUCUCCUCCCCUGGCGCCGCACGAGUUCUAAACAGAAGGCAUAGUGUGCGGAAAAUGUAUGGAAAAUGUAUGGAAAUGCAAUAACGGAAGCACUCCAUUCAUGUGCGGAAAAUGUAUGUCGAUUGAUUUAGCUUCACCAUGAGAGUGAAGGCAUAGUGUAGCCGUAAAAAUCGAAAUGCAAUAACGGAAGCACCAGUGCCCCUUUCCAGCAGGGUGUUAGAAGAUGCAGUUUUACAAUCAGGAGUAGUUUGCUAGUCCGAAAAUUUGUCAACUUGCAUUCCUACUGAAACUGUUUUGCUGACAACAUUUGUAAGAUGCUGUGGUUCUCUCUCAGUGCUGGAAGCCGGAUGCUUGAGGUGCUAUGGUGUUUGUGUGACUGUUGAUGGUAUGAUUCAUUCGUGUACUGUGUA